CGUCGCCUCUGUUUUAUCCACUGCUCUGGUUCAGACCAGAGAAACUCCCGUUACACUGAAGAUUGGAACAUUCUGGAAGAAUGCAAACGGACCCGGACCAGGUUUCCAGAGGAGAGUUAGGAGGAUUCAACUCCGUGAGGCAAAGCUCCAAUCUUGUUGCAGCGGUCUCAGGACCUGAGGCCCGUAACACUGACACCAAGAAUCAUAAAGGAAGACCCAAAAGAUACUGCUGUGAUGAUUGCGAGAAAGUCUUCACCACUUCAUCAAACCUGAAGAUCCAUAAGAAAACUCACACUGGUGAUAAACCACAUAGCUGUGAUCAGUGUGGAGCGGCUUUUACCCAUAAAAGUCACCUAACGAGACACCGACGUAUUCACACUGGAGACAAGCCUUACAGGUGUGAUCAGUGUGGUGCGGCUUUUGCCCAACAAUGUGAUCUAACGAGACACCAACGUAUUCACACUGGAGACAAGCCUUACAGAUGUGAUCAGUGUGGAGCGGUUUUUGCCCGGCAAGAUCAUUUGACGAGUCACCAACGUAUUCACACUGGAGACAAGCCUUACAGGUGUGAUCAGUGUGGGGCGGCUUUUGCCCGGCAAGAUCAUUUGACGAGUCACCAACGUAUUCACACUGGAGACAAGCCUUACAGGUGCGAUCAGUGUGGGGCGGCUUUUGCCGAGCAAGGUGCUCUAACCAAUCAUCAACGUAUUCACACUGGAGACAAGCCUUACAGGUGUGAUCAGUGUGGAAAGGCUUUUGCCCAGCAAGGUGCUCUAACGAAUCAUCAACGUAUUCACACUGGAGACAAGCCUUACGGGUGUGAUCAGUGUGGAGCGGCUUUUGCCCGGCAAAGUACCCUAACGACUCACCAACGUAUUCACACUGGUGAUAAACCAUACAGCUGUGAUCAGUGUGGUGCGGCUUUUACCAAGCGAGAUCAUUUGGCGAGUCACCGACGUAUUCACACUGGGGAAAAGCCUUACAGAUGCGAUCAGUGUGGAGUGGCUUUUGCCCAGCAAGGUCAUUUGACGAGUCACCAACGUAUUCACACUGGAGACAAGCCCUACAGGUGCGAUCAGUGUGGAGCGGCUUUUGCCCGGCAAGAUCAUUUGACGAGUCACCAACAUAUUCACACUGGAGACAAGCCUUACAGAUGCGAUCAGUGUGGAGUGGCUUUUGCCCGGCUAGGUCAUUUGACGAGUCACCAACGUAUUCACACUGGAGACAAGCCUUACAGGUGUGAUCAGUGUGGAGCGGCUUUUACCCAUCAAAGUAACCUAACGACUCACCAACGUAUUCACACUGGAGACAAGCCUUACAGGUGUGAUCAGUGUGGAGCGGCUUUUACCCAUCAAAGUAACCUAACGACUCACCAACGUAUUCACACUGGAGACAAGCCUUACAGAUGCGAUCAGUGUGGAUCGGCUUUUGCCCGGCUAGGUGAUUUGACGAGUCACCAACGUAUUCACACUGGAGACAAACCCUACAGAUGUGAUCAGUGUGGAGCGGCUUUUGCCCGGCUAGGUGAUUUGACGAGACAUCAACGUAUUCACACUGGAGACAAGCAUUACAGGUGUGAUCAGUGUGGAGCGGCUUUUGCCCAGCAAGGUACUCUAACGAGACACCAACGUAUUCACACUGGAAACAAGCCUUACAGGUGUGAUCAGUGUGGAGUGGCUUUUGCCGAGCAAGGUAAUUUGACGAGACAUCAACGUAUUCACACUGGAGACAAGCCUUACAGGUGUGAUCAGUGUGGAGCGGCUUUUGCCGAGCAAGGUAAUUUGACGAGUCACCAACGUAUUCACACUGGAGACAAGCCUUACAGAUGCGAUCAGUGUGGAUCGGCUUUUGCCCGGCUAGGUGAUUUGACGAGUCACCAACGUAUUCACACUGGAGACAAACCCUACAGAUGUGAUCAGUGUGGAGCGGCUUUUGCCCGGCUAGGUGAUUUGACGAGACAUCAACGUAUUCACACUGGAGACAAGCCUUACAGGUGUGAUCAGUGUGGAGUGGCUUUUGCCCAGCAAGGUCAUUUGACGAGACAUCAACGUAUUCACACUGGAGACAAGCCUUACAGGUGUGAUCAGUGUGGAGCGGCUUUUGCCCGCCAAGUCUUCACCACUUCAUCAAACCUGAAGAUCCAUAAAAAAACUCACACUGGUGAUAAACCAUACAGCUGUGAUCAGUGUGGAGCGGCUUUUGCCCAUAAAAGUAACCUAACGAGACACCAACGGAUUCACACUGGAGACAAGCCUUACAGCUGUGAUCAGUGUGGAGCAGCUUUUGCCCAGCAAAGUAACCUAACGACUCACCAACGGAUUCACACUGGAGACAAGCCUUACAGGUGUGAUCAGUGUGGAGCAGCUUUUGCCCAGCAAGGUCAUUUGACGAGUCACCAACGUAUUCACACUGGAGACAAGCCUUACAGGUGUGAUAAGUGUGGAGCAGCUUUUGCCCAUCAAAUUGAUCUAACGAGACACCGACGUAUUCACACUGGAGAGAAGCCUUACAGGUGUGAUCAGUGUGGAGCAGCUUUUGCCCUGCAAGGUCAUUUGACGAGUCACCAACGUAUUCACACUGGAGACAAGCCUUACAGGUGUGAUAAGUGUGGAGCAGCUUUUGCCCAUCAAAUUGAUCUAACGAGACACCAACGUAUUCACACUGGAGAGAAGCCUUACAGCUGUGAUCAGUGUGGAGCAGCUUUUGCCCAGCAAAGUAACCUAACGACUCACCAACGGAUUCACACUGGAGACAAGCCUUACAGGUGUGAUCAGUGUGGAGCAGCUUUUGCCCAGCAAGGUCAUUUGACGAGUCACCAACGUAUUCACACUGGAGACAAGCCUUACAGGUGUGAUAAGUGUGGAGCAGCUUUUGCCCAUCAAAUUGAUCUAACGAGACACCAACGUAUUCACACUGGAGAGAAGCCUUACAGGUGUGAUCAGUGUGGAGCAGCUUUUGCCCAGCGAGGUCAUUUGACGAGUCACCAACGUAUUCACACUGGAAACAAGCCUUACAGGUGUGAUCAGUGCGGAAAAGUCUUCACCACUUCAUCAAACCUGAAGAUCCAUAAGAAAACUCACACUGGUGAUAAACCAUACAGCUGUGAUCAUUGUGGUGCGGCUUUUGCCGUGAAAGGUUAUCUUACGACUCACCAACGUAUUCACACUGGUGAGAAACCAUACAGCUGUGAUCAGUGUGGAGCGGCUUUUACCCGACAAGAUAAUCUAAAGAAUCACCAACGUAUUCACACUGGAGACAAGCCUUACAGCUGUGAUCAGUGUGGAGCGGCUUUUGCCGUGAAAAAUAAUCUUACGACUCACCAACGUAUUCACACUGGAGACAAGCCUUACAGAUGUGAUCAGUGUGGAGCGGCUUUUGGCAAGCAAGGUCACCUAAGGACUCACCAACGUAUUCACACUGGGGAAAAGCCUUACAGAUGCGAUCAGUGUGAGGCGGCUUUUGCCGAGCAAGGUCACCUAAGGACUCACCAACGUAUUCACACUGGGGAAAAGCCUUACAGCUGUGAUCAGUGUGGAGCGGCUUUUGCCCAGCAAGGUGCUCUAACGAGUCACCAACGUAUUCACACUGGAGACAAGCCUUACUGGUGUGGUCAGUGUGGAGCGGCUUUUGCCCGGCACGAUCAAUUGACGAGACAUCAACGUAUUCACACUAGAGACAAGCCUUACAGGUGUGAUCAGUGUGGAGCGGCUUUUGCCCGGCAAGGUGAUCUAACGAAACACCGACGGAUUCACACUGAAUAAAAAGUGUACAUUUGUGAUCAGUGGUGAUAUCAUUUAUUUUGAGAGUUCAGUUAAAAGGCACCAAUUUAGUUUAGUUAUUUUAGUUUGAAAGAAAUCAUUCUGGUGGUUCGAUUGUGGGAAAGAUUUUAAAUAUUUUUUCUAAAAAGCAGCAGAUUCUUACAGCUGUAAGAGCUGUUCAGUUAUAACCAGAUUUAGAAAAUGAAGUACAAGAAUUCAAUUAAAAUGUCUUUAUUUUGAACAUGAUGGUAGUGUAAGUCACAGACAUGCUCGAGCAUACUUGAACAAUGAAUGCAAGAGAUUCUUUUUUUGAAGCAGCAGAAGUUUUGACAUGUUCAAAAAGAAGUAAGAAGUAAAAAAAAUGUCUCCUUCCCCUUGAACUCAAUACCAUGUUUUCACAUAGACCCUUGUUAUUAGAUGUCAAAAAUCUUGAUGUAUUGAGACGUUAUACAAAUCAAUAUUAAGAAUUUUACACAGUGUAAACAUAUUGUGGUAUAGAUGAGUAUAAAUUUGUGGAUUCCUGGGUGAUUAUUGCCAUUUGCAGUUACAUGUCCCUCUAUAUAAACACUAUUUACUAUGAGUCCCUGUAUUCAUCUAUACAUAAAAGCAUUUUUUUUUUAUUAACAUACAGUACUAACAGUGACAAAAGAGUGCGUGCGUGCGU